GUGACCACGUUUCCAUGUAACAGUGAGCCAGGCAUGAGGAACCUUUGACCCUCCAGAUGUUGCUGAACCACAGUUCCCAUCAGCCCCAGCAAGCAUGGCCAAUGGCCAGGGAUGAUGGGAGUUGUAGUUCAGCAACCGUGUCCUACCAGAUCAAAUUUUUAUCUGUAGUCUCAUCUGAGACGUUGCAGAGCAGACAGUAUAGAGCUGGCUGGACCAGUGGUCUCAAUAUAAGACAGCUUCAUAUAUGUAUUCACAAGCGCCGGGGGCAUGCAUGAAUAAUGUGUAGAACAAAUUCACGUGUAUGUUCAGCAUUGUUGAAAUUCAGCACCAAAUCUCAUCAAGCCUGUUGUCAGUAAUUCCUAGUGUUAUUUCUUGGGAAGAGCCCAAGGAGGGGAGACUUACAGUACUUUGGUAAAAACAUCAGAUGCUCCUUUCACCACAAGCAAAUGAGGUACGAUUGCACAAGCACUUUGAGAUUCUGUUUCUUUGCACUCAGCAAACUCUCUGUUUUUUCUCUCUCUCUCUCUUGGCCAAAGAGAUCAGGCCUUCCUUUUGAUCUGUGUGUACUACUUCCCAGCUAGUUUAUUAGCUGGAAAGUAGCAAACAAUGCCAUCCAGGAGGUCAUGUCAGUUUCUUACAAGGCUUGCAGCACGGCAUUUGCCCUGCUGGCUCCACACUUCAUUGUGGGGAUUACUGCGCAAUCUGAUUUAUAAGAAGGGAUCUCUGGGGACAUAAGCCCCCCCUGUAUAAUUGAGCAGGAAGACUGUUUACACCGAAUCACACCAGAAUACCAAAGAUCAAAGUUGAUUGCUAUCGCUUGCCAACAGUGCAGAACUUUAUCAACCUCCAAGCUUUGGAUAGCAGCAAUCGCGCUAAAAUUAUGAGGCUGGAACAUAACCCGAAAGACUGAUCCCUGCCUUGUGGAACCUCCUGUGUGUGUUAAACCACAACCCUCCCAAUUCGCUUUAAUCUCCCUAUAUCCUAUCUUCUCUAAUGAUCCUCAUCCUGAUUGGAGCACGCCGUAAGCAAAGAGAAGAUAGAAAUAUGACCCUGUAGCAGAACCACCUGUCUGAUGAGAGGAAAGGCCAAAUCUCUGCAUGCAGAAGAUCCCCAUUUCAGACCUCAGCAUCUCCAGGUAAGCAUGAGAAUGUCCUCAGUCUGAAAUCCCAGACAACGCUGAACUAGAUGGACUGAGAGCCUCACUUAGUAUGGGGCAGCAUCCAAAGUUCCUCAGAAUUGUAUUAACAAACUAUGGGGGAAAUGAGACAAGGAACUCACGAGAUGGAAGAGUGGUAACAAAUGCCUUCACCAAAUCCAGACAUAGCUGACCAUCAACUUUUAAGGCUGAUUCCAGUCUACUUACAAGUCAAAUAUGGUGGUUAGUUCAGCUUUAAAUACCAAAGGAAACCUUCUCUGACUUCAGAUGGAACUGUUCCGUUUUGUUUUGGGUGUUGGAAACACAAGCAGACUAUGAAAAACUCAAAAAGUUUAUCUCCAAUCUGAACAAAUGAGCAACAAAACAAGAAACAAGGACUUACCAACUCCUACAUUUUCUCUGCCCUUUCCAGGUACAGUCCAUGCCUAAAAGCUCUGUGUCUAAGUGCCCUUUUUUUGUCCCAGGGCUUUCCCUGUGAAAACCUGCUCUUUAAAACUCAAUUGGAGCAAAUGGCAAUACACAGAAAACCUGAACAGACAUCUGCUGCAACCAAGUGCUAAAGAGUGAAUUUUCGCAGGGAAAGCUCUGGGGCGAAACAAAACUAAAUGCUCAGACACAGAGCUUUUAAGUGUGGAUCUGUGCCUGGAAAGAGUGAGGUAAAAGGUAGCUGUGGAUGUGUCCUGGGAUUCUGAGCAAGUCCAACCUUCCUUUUGUGCCACAAUUUAAAGCUCCGUGUCUGAGCAGGUUUUGUUUUCAUCCUGGCACUUUCCCCCAGGAAAACGGGUGGUUUGCUGCUGAAUCUGAGCAAAUGGCAGCUGGGUUUUCCUCAAAUUGCAGUUUGCUCCUAUUCAGUGGUGAAAUGCAGGUUUUCCCAGGGAAAGAUCCGGGAUGAAAGCAAAAAAACGCUCUGACACAGAGCAUUAAAGUCCAAAAGAAGCACGAAAAGAAGUCUGGGUGAGCCCUCAGUGUAAGUAAGAGCAAAAUGCAGAUAAACACAGCAACCUUGAACUUCACUUAUACUUAAAUGAUGCCUGACCUUGACUGUAAUUCAGGGAAGAGACUUGGUUGAAGAUGGAUGGCACAGUGAUAAUAACCAUAUUUGGGCAUCUACAAACCAUGUGAUUCCAAUCACAUGAGGGGAAGAGAGUGGGCCCAUGCUUGGUAUACCCCCCCCAAAAAAAAACCCCAUCCACAUGUUGCAGGGCAGAGAGAGGUCUGAAGUUAAGGGGCUGGCUGAACCUGUAUAGGCUCCCUUGCAAUUCGGAAGCCAGGGCAAACCUAGGAAAGGAGAUGUAAUUCUUUCAGACUGGAUCUGAACACUUGCUCCUUUAACAUUUUUUUAAAAAACUCCCAUUUUGAUUCUCUCCCUCCCACCACCCUCAAAUAGUUAUAUAGAACUUUUCUUUGGGUGGGGGCAUAGUCGCCAACUCCUAGGGGCCAAGGUCUCUUCGGCUCCCCUCAAUGAAAUAUUUGAGGUGGCCCACCAGUUGAUUGGGACGCGGGUGGCGUUGUGAGUUAAACCACAGAGCCUAGGGUUUGCUGAUCAGAAGGUCGGCGGUUCGAAUCCCCGCAACAGGGUGAGCUCCCGUUGCUCAGUCCCUGCUCCUGCCAACCUAGCAGUUCGAAAGCAUGUCAAAAAGUGCAAGUAGAUAAAUAGGUACCGCUCCGGCGGAAAGGUAAACGGCGUUUCCGUGCGCUGCUCUGGUUUGCCAGAAGCAGCUUAGUCAUGCUGGCCACAUGGCCCGGAAGCUGUACGCUGGCUCCCUCGGCCAGUAAAGCGAGAUGAGCGCCGCAACCCCAGAGUCGGUCACGACUGGACCAAAUGGUCAGGGGUCCCUUUACCUUUACCAGUUGAUUGGCAUUGCCAUUCAAAGGGUGUGCAUGUGCCACAUCUUGUGAUCAAUUAUUUGAGGCGGGGCUCAACUGAGGGCCCCCCAUAUUUAAGUUGGUAUCCCUGGUCGGGGGACAAUGAAAUAUACCCACUGCCGGGGGGAACCCCCUUCAAGCAUGCCAUGCAAUCUAGUAUGCUUCUGUUCAGACAGCUGGUGACCAUUGGACCUGGUGGGGCAGCCAAGGGGGUCAGAAGAGACAGGACCAACUUGUUCUGGUUUUCUUUCCAUUCUUCUCCCUGUGGACACUUAAGCAAUGCAGCAGUAAAAAUACAAGUUGGGCUCUGCCUGACCUUGCCCAGGGAACUAGCCUCACACACUCAGAGGUGAAGAAUUCAGUGGGGCUUACUCUGAGCUUAGUGGGUACAGAAUUGCAGCAUCAAACUGUAGAUCUAAGGCAGGGAUGGGGAACCUGUGAUCUUCCAGGAGAUGUGGAAUUGUAACUCCCGUUAUUCCUGACCACUUGCCAUGGUGGCUGGGGCUGAUAGGACUUGGGAGUCCAGCAGAUUUCCGGACGAAAGGGCAGAAAAUGAGCUGUCCAACAUUCUGUGCAAACAUUGGUUUAUUCUAAUUCACAGCAUCCUCCUGCUAUUCUUAUUACGUAUGUAAGUCCAAAGUGUGGGAAGCCUGACACCCUCUGUUAAAUUGCCUUUGCUUUGACCUCUUUUCGAUGCAAACAACCUCUUAGAGCAAACCCGCAAUUUCUUGCCUUACGUGGCUCGCAUUUUAUCAAGCAUGUUUGGCCUUGGUGCCAUCAAGGACGCAUCAGAUUGCUUCACUGUUUUCAUCCUUAACUUUUGAAAAUAUAAUAAAAGGAUUUAGAAAGGAAGACAAAAACACACUUCUGAGAUAUGGGGCAAGUCACUGACCACUGGUUAAAAACAGUACAAGGGUUUUAAAACAGUCUGACAGUAUGAAUGAAGCUAACAUGCUUGCCGACGAAAUGAGUUAGGUCUGAAUAGUUAUACUUUUAAUUUAUUUUCCAAUAAUAUUAGAUAAAAUAUAUGGUCCAACUUUGUAAUAUUGCAAUGUAAAACAUUUCCCAGACAAAUCAGAAGAAAGAGUACGUUAUGACUAAUUUAUCAAUUCUGGCAAUAUCAAAAAUGCUAUAACUAUUUCCUUGCUACAGACUUUCUGGGUUGCCCAGCCACUCUAGGCAGCUUCCAACAUUUAUAAAAACACAAUUACCGUAUUUUUUGCCCUAUAGGGCGCACCGGCCCAUAGGGCGCACCUAGUUUUCAGGGGGGGAAAUCAAGGAAAAAAAUAUGAUUUCCCUCCCCCCGCAGCUCUGGGAGCAGCGGACAGGCUGCACGCAGCCUGUGCGCUACUCCAAGACCUUCUCCCGGCUUUUGCGGGAGGUGGCGGAAUUCCCCCACCUCCCGCAAAAGCCCACAGGAGAGAGAAGGGACUGACUCGGCCAGUCAGUCCCUUCUCCCUCCUUGGGGAAAAGCCCCCAAGAGCGGUGCGCUCUUUAAAGGCUGCGUGGCUCCUGCAGGCUUUUCUACGAGGUGGGGGAAUUCAUAGAAAAGCCCGCAGAAGCCGCGCAGCCUUUAAAGAGCGCGCGGCUCCUGCGGGCUUUUCAACCCAGCUUGUGGGGCUGGCAGUGGGCGGAAGCGCUGCUUUCCCCCACCGCCAGCCUCAAAGCCGGGUCGGAGAGUAGCGCGAAGGCGUCGCACGCCUUCCCGCUGCCCCCCGAUCCUCUGGGGCUGGCGAUGGGGGGAAGCGCUGCUUUCCCCCACCGCCAGCCUCCAAACCAGGUCGGAGAGUAGCGCGAAGGCGUUGCGCGCCUUCCCUCUGGCCCCCAGCUUGUGGGGCUGGCGGUGGGCGGAAGCGCUGCUUUCCCCCACCGCCAGCCUCAAAGAGCAGACUCUCCUGGCUUCAGCGAAAGCAACGCGAAGCCUCCAGAGUGCAGGCUUCGGAGGCAUCGCGUUGCUAUCGCUGAAGCUAAGGAGCCUGCAUUCGCCCCAUAGGACGCACACACAUUUCCCCUUCAUUUUUGGAGGGGGGAAAGUGCAUCCUAUAGGGCGAAAAAUACGGUAAACAUUAAUUAUACAGGGCUGCCUUCAGAUAUCUUCUAAAAGUUAUAUAGUUGUACUCAUCUCCUUGACAUGUGAUGGGAGGGCAUUUCACAGGGUGGGUGCCACUACCAAUAAGUCCCUCUGCCUGGUUCCCUGUAGCUUCACUUCUCACAGUGAGGGAACCACCAGAAGGCCAUCGGAGCUGGACCUCAGUGUCCGGGCUGAACGAUGGGGUAGAGACACUCCUUCAUAAUGAUGACAUGGUCAUUACCAUUCAUGCAAGCAAUGAAAAUGAAGCAGAUUACAUUUCCUGGUUAUGUUGGACACUUCAAACAACUCUUGGACUCUGGCUGCGUUAUAGAAAACACAAUAUAUAGGUUCUAGGCACAUGUUGAGUUGACCUAACUAUGGUUGUUUUCCUUAUUAUCGUUAUUAAUGAUUAAAUGUAUUGCUCAACUUUCAGCAUUGGGUCCCAGGACAGGUUACAGUGGUACCUCUGGAUGCGAACAGGAUCUGUUCCGGAGCCCUGUUCGCAUCCUGAAGCGAAUGCAACCUGCGUCUGUGCGGGUCGCAAUCCGCCGCUUCCGCGCAUGCGCAUGACGGCAUUUUGAGCGUCUGCGCAUGCGCGAGUGGCGAAACAUGGAAGUAAUGCGCUCCGUUACUUCCGGGUCGCCGCGGAGCGCAACCUUAAAAUGCUUAACCCGAAGCUACAUCAACCCGAGGUAUGACUGUACAACAAUUUAAAAUUCAGAAUUUAAAAACAGUUAAAACAGAUUUCAGUCACAGCACUAGGGUGGGCAGGAGUAGGGAGAAGCACUGGCAGAGGAAGAGGGGUGUGUGGGGAGCGCACCGCCUCUGGCACCACGAUCUUGGUGGGGUGCCAUCGCAGCUGCCCCCCCCCACGCUGGGCACCAUGCCCCCGCAGGCGGUGCGCCACACCCCCAGGAUGCACAUCAUGCCCCUGCGGGUAGUGUGCCAUGCCCCUGGGACAUGCACCAGCCACGCCCACGCCUGCUCUUCGCCGCCGGUGUUGGAGCAUGAAGCUCCGCCACUGAAGAGAGGGCACAUGAUUGCAUGUCCUCCUGUCACCCAGGCCCCACAUUCAGGAGGACACGAAGAAAGUGCUCUAGUCCCACAGCUCUUUACAGUAGAUAGAAAGUGACUGAGCAGUGGGAGGAAAGCAGGUACUUGCAACUAUCCACGGAAGACAGAAAUGGGCUCAAAUCUGUGGUCAUGUCCACAUCAUGCAUUUAAAGUGCAUGGCUUGCCCCAAAGAACCAUGGGAACUGUUGUCUAUUGAGGAACUGUUUCUCCGUGAGGAGCAAACUACAGUUCCCAGAAUUCCUUGAGGAAGCCAACCCCUCUCAAUGUAUGGUAUGGCUGUGACCUGUGCCAGAUAUCUGGAAUCCCCCUUUGGCUAGAGAUCAAAUUCGGCUUUUGGGGUUUGCCCCUGCCUUGCGCAAAAGAAAAAAGAAGAAAUAGAGGAGGCCUCCGUGAAAGCAAAGCCAAGGCCAAGUAGAACGGAAGCAUCUUUAUAACGAACUUACAAACCUGACUCUCCGAGCCAAAUUAAAACUUUCCCAUUCAUACGGGAUAUCAUGGGAACUGGUAUGUGUGAACUGAAUGCAAAUGUUGUUCCCUUCCUCUCCCUCCGAUUGCUAUUCAGACCUGCUCUUUUCCCCCAUGCCAAGGGAAAUUUCCAAAAGCAAGUAAACACCCCUGGGGCGAGCCUGCAGCGAGCAGUUGCUGUGACUACGAAACCUGCUUUUCUAUCUGUUGCACACAUAACUGCCCUCUGAGCCUCGGCUUCUGCAACCAUCCGGGGGGGUGGGUGGGUGGGUGGGUGUGCUCAGCCUUUCGCUUGCAUUGAGAAAUGGCAACUGUUCUUUUUCUUUCUUUCUUCCCUUCUUUCUUUGUUUUGCAACAGGGACAGGGACAGAAUGAGGCCAAAGGUUGACCUAGCCAGGAUAUUUCGUAAACUGGCUUGAACGGCGCGCAAGCACUCAUUAAUGGAACCAGUUAACAGAUAAGCUCUUGGGGACGACUAGUUUGCUUCUGAGGACACCCAUCUAGGCAACGAGCCAGAAGACACGUUUCCAUGCCGUGACGUCAGAGGCGAGCCUCCAGACGGUGGGAUGGACUGCGACCCAAGAAGAGUACUUAAGCAAGGAAGCUGCUUUCUGGAAGACCAGAGGUUUGGGACAGAGCUUGUCCCUAAGCAACACCUUACUGCUUGAAAGAACCUGCGAAAUCCUCUCCGAGCCUGAGAACAGAGGCAGCUCCGAAAAGGUAAGUAUAUAGCUUGCAUUCACUUCUAACCUUGAUAUAGACACUUUCAGUUUCAGAUGACCUCUUGUUUCUCAAUCUGAUGCUAGGUGCUUCUUGAUCAUGAGGAAGGGCUGUAGAAGUUGAAGAGCACCUGCAUUAAAUGCAGAAGAGCUCAACCUGUUGGGAGUGACUGACUGCCUGAAACCCUGGUGAGCCACUUGCCAUCGGUGUAGACCAGUGUUUCUCAACCUGCGGGUCCCCAGAUGUUGUUGGACUACAACUCUCAUCAUUCCUAGCCAGCAUAACCAGUGGUCAGGGAUGAUGGGAGUUGUAGUCCAACAACAUCUGGGGACCCACAGGUUGAGAACCGCUGGUGUAGACAAUACUGAGAUGGACCGAUGCUCUGACUCAGCAUAAGGCAGCUUCCUAUGUUCCGAUCACUGCAAGUAUUUUAAACUAAGCUUUCCAACCCAGAUCUGUUACACUACAUACUGUCUCUCCCCCCCAGCCCCCUUCCAGCUUGCAAUUCCUAUUACGGACCCCCAACCCCAAGCCUUGUCCUUGCAAAGAACGGGCGAUGCCAUCCCAGCUGCGGGCACAGAGGAGCGCCACCCCAAAGUUUGUCCAGGGAGACCCGAAGAGCCUGGCGCCAGAUGUGAGGGACUUUGUUGAAAGCAACGCUGAGCUCUGCCAGCCGGAAGCUGUCCACAUCUGCGAUGGCUCAGAGCAUGAGAACAAAAGGAUCUUGGAGCUCAUGGUGGAGGAAGGCAUGAUUAAGAAGCUUGGCAAAUAUGAGAAUUGGUAAGUGGGGUGUGUUUUGUGCGUAUUUGUGUGUGCAUGCCGUGAGGGUGGCUGAAGUUUAAGAUGGGAUCCCUUUAGCAGCUGCUGUUUGGUCUGCCUUAAGCCUGGGGUUUGUUGAUACCAUCAGUUUUAAUGUCCCUGCUUGCUAGUUUAAUAGAGUGCUGUGCUCAGUGUUUCAACGUAAUCGCUCCAGCCUCGCUGAUUUAUUUUGCUAAGCAGAUGGCAGGUUAGUGGUCCAGGAUGGUCAGGAGAUGUUUCUUACAUGGGACCUAAUAUUUAGAGAGAGAGAGGGAAACAGCUGGGGAGUUUUGGGAGUGGGGAAGCUUGGGAAAGGUGGCACAUCCUACAACCUCCAUCUAGAGUAGGUGGGAGACCUGUGGUCUUCCAGAUGUUGUUAGACUGCAACACCAAUCAGCCCUCACCAGCAUGGCAAUGUUCAGGGUUGAAGGGAACUGGUGUCCAGCUACAUCUUGAGGGUCACAGGAUCCCCACCCCAGUCUAAAGGGAGGAGCAGGGGUGUGUGGGUGGGUGUUUGAGAGAGAGAGAGGGCGGCUGUGUUGUAAAUAAUAGUCCUUUCAUACUCAAAUAUCAUAGUAUGGUAGAGUUGUACUGGAAUCUUGUAAUUAUUAAUAUCAGGCAGAGCAACCCAAAAACUUUUGUGCCAGACUGGAUUGGGUCUCGCCGGAUGAAGAUGGAGCUCACUUUCCCACCAGCUGCCUGCCAGGCGUGUGGGUUAGUGGAAGUGUUGCUGGAAAUCCACAAAACAAAGCUUUCCAGGAAAGGGAGCCAGGUUGGCAGAGCAAUCUCCCUGUUCCCCCCACUUCUACCUCAGCUCCCGUAUGCCGCAGGGCUGCAGAUACGGCGGUGGCUCCUUUGCUCUGCAAAGCCACACCAGGCAGGGAAGGCGUUCAGGUUGUUUCCUAAAUAGCUGAAGUGCAGGUGUCCUGCUCCUUCUCUCCACAGCUUUUUGGCUCGUACAGAUCCGAGGGACGUGGCCAGAAUCGAAAGCAAAACUGUCAUCGUCACUCAGGACCAGCGAGACACCAUCCCGAUCCCGAAGAGUGGGGUGAGCCAGCUGGGAAGCUGGAUGUCUGAAGAGGACUUUGAGAAAGCCUUCAGCGUCCGAUUCCCUGGGUGCAUGAAAGGUGCGAGAGUUUUCUCUAUCGCAAUGCCAAAUUCCUGCCCUCGAGUUUAGAUAAUCGUCCUCCUGUGCAAAAGAGGAUUCCUUCUAAUGUUUUGAGUGCAAAAAAAGUUAGACUCCCCUGUUUUUCAAAAUACCAUCUAAAAUAAAAGGAGAGAAGAGAGGGUUUGGGGUGGUAAGGAGACAUGUAAGGUACAGACUCCCAGCUUACAUUUACAGUGGUCUUGGUUGCUGUUUUGAAAUCCUUUUUCGGCUUCUCUUUUGCAGGGCGCACCAUGUAUGUCAUCCCUUUCAGCAUGGGGCCCAUUGGUUCCCCUAUAUCCAAGUUUGGGAUUGAGCUGACAGAUUCUCCUUAUGUGGUGGCCAGCAUGAGGAUCAUGACUCGGAUGGGGACGUCUGUCCUAGAGGCCCUGGGCAACGGGGAAUUUGUGAAAUGCCUCCAUUCAGUUGGGUGCCCUUUGCCAUUGAAAAGUAAGCCAUUCUCAGUGCAAAGUCUUCGUUACUUUAUGGUCCUGGAUGCUUUACUAUACAGGGUUGCCAGGCAGCUCGUCAUCCCGAUGGACCAGAAAUUGCUCACUGAAGAUGCUUUGGAACAGCUGGGUUUCUUUUUAAUGUUCUCCCAGAUCUUGCUUCUGCAGAUUCAGUGCCAUCUGGUCUUACAGAAAAUGGAGAGAGUUUUGCCUACCUCUCUAUCAAACAGAAUGUUUCAAGAAUUAACUGUUUUCCAAAACCACUAGUUGCUGAUAUUGCUGCUGUUAGCUGUGCAGACAAGCACGAUAGUGACACCUAGUGCUGGAAAACAAACAUUGAAAUUAGGUUUUGGUACAGUAAGACUGCCUGCAGGGGUUACAUUCUGGGGAUCGUGCCUAAAGCUAAAAUAGCAUACAGUCAAAACGCAUUGGAUUCAAAGGCAGGUGGGAUUGCCAAAAUCAUUUUCCCCAGAACUCCACCCCCUUUUAAAUUUAUAUAUAUUUUUGCCACAUGCAUAAAGCUGAAUGCGCACAAGUUGUGGGCUUACUGUGUACCAAACAAAAGUAAAAGAAAUAUGCAUGUGGUCCAGUUUUAAAAGGAUGCAUCUUAAAAGAAGGAGAAGGUUGCACUUUUAUCCAGGUCACCAAUCCCAAUAAAUAACGUGUUUUGCUUAAUUUCUUUCGUAGAGCCUCUGGUCAAUAACUGGCCCUGUAACCCAGAUCUGACUCUGAUUGCUCACAUCCCGGAUCACAGAGAGAUCAUUUCCUUUGGAAGCGGCUAUGGAGGAAAUUCCCUCCUGGGAAAGAAGUGCUUUGCUCUCCGGAUCGCCAGCAGGAUCGCCAAGGAAGAGGGCUGGCUUGCCGAACACAUGCUGGUAGGGGAAAGUUUUAACAAUAAAUGUGUUGCUUGCACUGGUGUUGUUGCAACCGAAGGCACAGUGAACGGCAGUAAACGCCUUCAUUUCUAUGGAACAAGAAAGAGCUUGAAGGCAUGGGUGGGAUGCCCGCAGCUAAAAAAAUCAUGGCUCAGCAGUGAGAUCCUUCAAUUGGUGACACUUGGCAAGUCACUCUCACUCAGCCUCAGUUCUCCAUCUGUUAAAUGGGAAUAAUCAUAUUGACUAACCUUGAAGUUUUUUGGGAAUGUUUGAGAUUCUCUGAUUUUCCCUAGUCUUAGGACAUACGUGUUGUUACAUGCCAUAAGGAGAGAAGGGCAGGAGGAAAGCAGACCUCUAUUUAAUCUUAUAGGGGUUCUUAUACAGGGGCUCUCUCUUCAUAUAGGAACUAGAUCAGAGCCUGUUCAAUAGUAGCAGUAAUAUAUUUAAAUACAGAAAACCUGUGUGUAGUGGCUGGAGUGUUGGGCAGGUCCAAAGUCCUCAGUCAGUGGGCCAGUGAUUCUCUGUCAGCCUAAACCCGCAGGGUUGUUGUGAAGGCAGCCAAGGGUACUGGGUACUGCCCUGACCCUGAAGGAAGAGCAGAGCAGAAUGCUAAAUACCUAAACAGAGACUAAAUGGGGUUGAGAAGUCCAUAUUCUCCAGGGAUUGCAAAUUGUGCACAAUUUUACCAUGUUCUAAAAUCAAAUAUUAUAUUUCCUCCAUGACAUUUCAGAACUUCACUUGGUAGCUUUGCUCUUCAGUUUGAAAAAGUCCCGCAGUGGUUCAGAGAUUAGCUGGUUUAUUACUUAUGCUUUGCAGUCGUUAAUAUUACUGUUUUGGCCUGAAUAUAAGCUUCACUCCUGCCCCCCUCCAAAUUCUGAACUAGAAAAGUUAAAGUGUCGCUUAAAUCCGCGACCUUACGAAAAUUGGCUUUUACAAGAUCGCUGCUGAAACAGACAUACACUAAAACAGAACGGGUGUGAGUGCCUGUGGGAUUUUAAGGGAGCGGCUUAAAUUCGGGUAUUGUCUUUUUUUCUCUCCCCCUCCCCCCCAUGAAUUUUAAAGGUGUGGCUUAUAUUUGGGUGCAGCUUAUAUUUGGGCCAAUACGGUAUUGUUGUCAGCUGCAUGGCACUCCUUAAGAGAGUGGGGUUUUUUCUCCCCUAAAUAGAUAUUGGGUAUCACAAAUCCGGAAGGUGAAAAGAAAUAUUUUGCUGCAGCCUUCCCAAGUGCGUGUGGGAAAACCAACUUGGCCAUGAUGAACCCAACUCUGCCAGGGUGGAAAAUCGAGUGUGUUGGGGAUGAUAUUGCUUGGAUGAAAUUUGAUGACCAAGGUAACCUCUUUAGCAUCCAAGUGGGGAUUUAGCCAGGGAUGUUGAUGUUUGAUAUCAGUGGCUGAAACCAGCAGUUGAGCCAAUAGCAAAAGUUGGGUGAGGUAGACAGUUUCUGUUGGCUAUUUGCAGUUUAGUAGCGCUGCAGAGAGCUUGCUAGGGAGACCAUGCAUAACAAGGAACUCAAAAAACCUUUAACAAGGUUUUAAUAACAAAAACAAAAACUCCUUUUACACUAAAGAUAACAACAACAAACAUGACCCAACCUAACCCCCAAGGUAAUGGGAGAGCUAGGUGCUGCUCCUUAUAUACUAUGCCCAAAUGCUGACACAGCUUAAUUAACACAACCUAGCAGCACCUGCUAUGUUUCACAGCUGUAAGACUGGGUCUCGUUAUUUGCCCUGGCCCUUAAAGACAUACACAACUUGUGAAACAAUAAUGAACCUUCACAUUUUAAAGUGACCAUUCAACAGUUUCUUGGUCCCAUCUGGUAUGGGGCAGUGCCACAGUUUCUUGUUGGCAAACUCAAUCUGACUUCGCUAUGGUGAAACAGCCUUGUGAUCUUUCAACAGGUUUCCAGGCCAUGUGUUCGCAUGACCCAAUAAAACUUUCUAAAGCGAAUUGAUCAAAUAUGCAUUGGCUGCAACAUGGACACAUGUUGAAAGAACCACGUAUCUGGUUCACCAUGUCAAUGCAGUGAAGACCACUUCACUGAAUAAAAAAAUGCACUGAUAAUGUUUGUGUGAACAGACUGUACUUGCUGUCAGGAAAGCCUAGUGUCAGAUGAUGGAAGAACAGAUAUUUUCCUACUCACAACCUCCGGUAGUUAGGGGCACUUGCUCUAGCUUGUUUCUGAGGCAGAUUUCACACAUGCUUCUCAAGUUAUUUUCAUUUUUACACCCUCUCUUCCUCCCACAUGUAACAAGAAAUGCAGCAUUAAGUAUAUUUGUAUUGGGUUCUUAAAUAAUCUGGUGGCCAUUCAGAAAUGUGGGAUAGCUCAGCCGGCAGAGCAUGAGACUCUUAAUCUUUGGGUUGUGGGUUCGAGCCCCACAUUGGGCAAAAGAUUCCUGCAUUGCGGGGGGUUGAGCUAGAUGACCCUCAGGGGUCCCUCCCAACUCUAUGACUCACAGUGGCAUUUUGAACUUCUUGCAUUUUUUGUGGCCCCUGCGUUUGAAGUGAUCAGAUGAAAUGCAUUUUGACCCUCCCUCUCAUCACUUUUUCAAUACAACUGUACCCACUUUGGAACAGCUUGUGCUUACAUUUCUUCCCCCCCCCCAAUAAUUUUUAUUAUUUUUUUCCAAAUGUCUUAAACACAAUACAGUUUAACAAUAUUAUUCUCCUUUCAAUCUAUAUCUUAUCCGAAUUAACUUCCCUCCACCCCUCUUCUGGCUUCUCUACAUUGCUCUUACUUAAGUGUGAUUACAAUAUUUGUUGUUUAGUCGUUUAGUCGUGUCCUACUCUUCGUGACCCCAUGGACCAGAGCACGCCAGGCACUCCUGUCUUCCACUGCCUCCCACAGUUUGGUCAGACUCAUGCUGGUAGCUUCGAGAACACUGUCCAGCCAUCUCGUCCUCUGUCAUCCCCUUCUCCUUGUGCCCUCCAUCUUUCCCAACAUCAGGGUCUUUUCCAGGGAGUCUUCUCUUCUCAUGAGGUGGCCAAAGUAUUGGAGCCUCAGCUUCAGGAUCUGACCUUCCAGUGAGCACUCAGGGCUGAUUUCCUUCAGAAUGGAGAGGUUUGAUCUUCUUGCAGUCCAUGGGACUCUCAAGAGUCUCCUCCAGCACCAUAAUUCAAAAGCACCAAUUCUUUGUCCAUCAGCCUUCUUUAUGGUCCAGCUCUCACUGUAUAUGUACAUAUACAAUAUAUACAUAUAUGUAUAUAUAUACUCUGGCUUCUCCUCAGAUCGUAUAAAUCUUUCGCCUUUUGUUUCAAAGCCCUUCAUGAAGAACUACCUGUGUGUGCAAAGUCUUGUCAGUUUCACCAUUGCUGAGAAAACCAGCAACCCACUCACCUACUCUUUUUUCCUGUCACCCUUCCUUCUUCUGCUUCAGGAUGUGGAAAGAGAGCAAAUAUAUUUUUAACCCUACAGUAAAACCAUGUACGUGCACUUCAGUGUUACAAAAAGAAACGGAUAAGGCUUUCUCCUAACUUCAAGAUUUUUUUUCCCCUGGAGGGUGGCAAUUAGGAAAAAAAAAUAGCAGUGGUUUAGGUUGGAAGGAUACUUACAGUAUGACAUUGCAUCCAAGUUUAGCCCCCUGCAAGAUAGGCAGGUGGGGAAAUAUUGUCUCCUGCAGAGCAGUGACAUUUAAAGAGGGAAUAUCUCAGAAACCCAUGUAGUAUGUAUCCAUUAAUUGAUGCAGGGAAGGAUCCCAAGUGAGUGCUAAUUAGAGCGCUUUAAAAUGCAUUUGCAGUUUUGGCAUAACCAGAUGGGAACCAUCAGCAGUGGCUCCAAAGUUGAGAAGCCUGAAAAUAGUAUUUGUGAGCGGAGGAGCAAAAGAGUUUUGUUAAAGAGUUGGAAAGGAUUGAAUGAGGAAUGGGUGUGUAUUGGAGAGGUGGGGAGUGACUGAAGCAGAGACAAGGUCUCCGAACCUCACAUCUCUUCUAAAAUUCCCCAGGUAACCUCAGAGCCAUCAAUCCAGAGAAUGGCUUCUUUGGAGUGGCUCCUGGAACGUCAGUGAAAACAAACCCCAAUGCUAUGAAGACCAUACGGAAGAACACCAUCUUCACCAAUGUGGGAGAAACCAGUGACGGAGGCGUGUACUGGGAAGGCAUGGAAAAGCAGUUUGCACCCGGGGUGACGCUCACUUCGUGGAAAAACAAGGAAUGGACAGCCAAGAGCGGUACAAUUAACUCCAGUUAAUGGCUCCCUUUUUCUUUUAUUGCCAUUGCAUUUUCGGUUAAUGGUGCCACUAUAAAUAUCUGUUAUAUUUGCACAGGGGAACCUUGUUCCCACCCCAAUUCCCGGUUCUGCUCUCCUGCCAACCAGUGCCCCAUUAUCGACCCUGCCUGGGAGGCUCCAGAAGGAGUGCCAAUUGAGGGGAUCAUAUUUGGAGGACGGAGACCUGAAGGUAAGAGUCUCAAAAGGGGGCUGUCUGUUCUAUUUUAUAAUAAUAAUAAUAAUAAUAAUAAUAAUAAUUUAUUAUUUAUACCCCGCCCAUCUGGCUGGGCUUCCCCAGCCACUCUGGGCGGCUUCCGAAAAAAAUAUUAAAAUACUGUAAUACAUCAAACAUUAAAAGCUUCCCUAAAAAGGGCUGCCUUCAGAUGUCUUCUAAAAGUCUGGUAGUCUCUUUGACAUCUGGUGGGAGGGUGUAACUUGGCUUCUCGCAGUGAGGGAACCGUCAGAAGGCCCUCGGCGCUGGACCUCAGUGUCCGGGUAGAACGAUGGGGGUGGAGACGCUCCUUCAGGUAUACAGGACCGAGGCCGUUUGUGCUUAUUUGCUGCAUUUACAUAGGAUGCCCAUACAAAAAUUACCUGGGUAUCUAUUAGAUGUUACAGUGGAACCUCAGUUCCCAAAUGUUUUGUUCUCGAACGCUGAAAACCCGGCAGUAAAUGCUUCUGUUUUCAAACGUUUUCUGGAACCCGCACAUCCGACCCAGCUUCCGCUGAGUGCAAGAAGCUCUUGCAACCAAUGGGAAGCCACGCCCUGGUUUUCAAACAUUUCAGAAGCCGAACAGGCUUCCAGAAUGGAUUUCAUUCAUGAAUCGAGGUACCACUGUACCACCAAGUACACAGUGCUGCAUCAGGUGUAAAUUCUUUUGCAAACUAUCCUGAAAACCAUUUUUUUUUAAAUUAUAACAAAAAUAUAAACCAAUAAAUAAAUGCCAAGGUGAGGGUGAAACUUGGAUACAUGGCUCCCAUUUUCGGUAUUUUUGGCUAUGAAUUUGGGAUAUGAAUCUAUGAAUUUCAAUUUUGCUCAGUUCCUAAUUUUUCCAGACUUCAGUUCUCAUUUCUGCAUCUGUUUACAUUUUUUAAAAAAUAAUCCUCAUGAAAGUUCAUUAGCAGCUUAGUGACCGUUUCGCUUAAUAAAAUGCAUUUCGGCACGUUAUUUUCACCAACAUGUGCACACACUAACAGACGUGAUGAUUUUUGCAUGCAUUUUUAUUUGCAGAACUGAAUCGCAAAACUGCAAAGUGCAGUUUCCAAAGAAUAGCUGUGUUUUGGUCUGCAUAUAGUUUGGGGAAGUGCGCAUUAGGUGUGUCCGCAUUAAAAAUACUAGCCAGACUAAGUUUCUGCUCCAUCCCUAGUGUAGAGUAAUGCCUAAGCUCCAAUCCAUGAGGAUGUGUCAGGAUGCUGGGAGCACACACAGCCUCUUUAGUGAGGAGGGACCAGGGAAAGUGGCAAAUGCUCACCACCCGCUGGACCCUCUUGCUACCCUUGUCGCUGCUCAACAGUUGCUUUAAAGAGGCAGAGGCCAUUGGUAACCUAAACGUCCCUCCCUGACUCCUUGUAUCUUAAGAUAGCCUAGCCUCUUGAUUGAACUGUUUAAGAUCUGAAUGGGCUAGAUAAACCACAAGAAGGAAGGAUGCGCUGUAAUCCCAAACUCACAAAUUGCUAGCUCCACACCUCCUGCUGCUGCAGUGUUGGAAAUCAUCAAAAUUCAUAAUGUGUGGCACUGCCAACCUUUAAAUCAGGGUGGUCUAGCCUGCAGGUUGCAAGAAGCCUAUGAGGCCCUUAUUGGCGACCCUCAGCAAUGUUAAAGAAGAGACUAGAUUCAGGUAGGUAGCCGUGUUGGUCUGACGCAGUCAAAAAAAAAUAAUCAAAAAAGCUUAUACCCAAAACUACUUAAUUGGUCUCUAAGGUGCUAUUGGACAAUUUUUAAAUUUUUUUAAAGAAGAGACAUUAAACAUGAAGCAUAAUUAUCUAUUUUUGUGCAAUGCGCAUAUAACUGUGUAUUAAAUUUGUUUCAUAGUUAAAGAUAUUAAAUCUAAUAAUUGUAUAUUUAAUUAUAUAUAUAUAAUUAUAUAUAUUACAGUCAUACCUCGUGUUCCGUCCGCUUCAUGUUGCGUCUUUUCAUAUUACGUCCUGCGGCAACCCAGGAGUACCGGAACGGGUUACCUCCGGGUUUUGCCGCUCACGCAUGCACAGAAGUGCUAAAUCGCGCUUCGCACAUGUGCAGAAGUGCUAAAUCGCACCACGCACAUGCACAGAAAUAGCACUUUGAGUUGCGGGUAUGUCACGUUAUAGAUGGGCCUCUGGAACGGAUCCCGUCCAUAACACAAGGUACCACUGUAAUUGUGUACAGUGGUACCUCGGGUUACAUACGCUUCAGGUUACAUUCGCUUCAGGUUACAGACUCUGCUAACCCAGAAAUAGUGCUUCAGGUUAAGAACUUUGCUUCAGGAUGAGAACAGAAAUCAGGCUUUGGCGGUGCGGCAGCAGUGGGAGGCCCCAUUAGCUAAAGUGGUGCUUCAGGUUAAGAACAGUUUCAGGUUAAAAACGGACCUCCGCAAUGAAUUAAGUACUUAACACAAGGUACCACUGUAUAUUAAAUACAGUGGUACUUCGGUUUUCAAGCAUCUCAGAAGCCGAGUGUUUUUGUUUUCAAACGCCAAAAACCCAAAAGUAAUUGCUUCUGUUUUCAAACACGCUUCAGAAGUCAAACGGUUUCCGCUGCAUGUUUUUCAGUUUUUCUAAUUGAACUUGCAGCUGGUCCUUUGCGCCUCAGUUUCCGAACAUUUCGGAAGUCAAAUGGUCUUCUGGAACGGAUUACAUUCGAGAACUGAGGUACCACUAUAAUGCUAAAUAUAUUGCCAACACUGAUGUGGAAUUUUAAUUCAGUGUGUGCGGCCCGCGGGCUCUGUGUCAAAGUACUCUUGCGGCCCAUUUGGUAUGGAAAGUUGGACUGCCCUGCUCUAAAUAUUACAGCUGUUCCUGUUCUCCCCAGGUGUGCCUCUGGUCUACGAGACCCUUAACUGGCAGCACGGAGUAUUCGUAGGUGCAACGAUGAGAUCAGAAGCAACAGCUGCCGCUGAACAUAAAGGUAAAGCAGACUAUAAUAACGCUUCCGCAUUUAAACAGCCCGUCUCAUUAUUUUCACCUGGAAAUUGCUGACACUUAGUUGCUGGAACCUAUUUCCUUUCUUUCUUAGUGUGAAUAUAUUGAUGGCAGCGUAGCCGUUGUGAGUAAUUAGGGCUGGUGAAAAGAUCUUAUGGUUCCAAGGUCUGGAGAGAUUUGCAAUCUGCUAGUUUAGGGGUUGGGACAUGGGUGGCGCUGUGGGUUAAACCACAGAGCCUAGGACUUGCCAAUCAGAAGGUCGGCAGUUCGAAUCCCCGCGACGGGGUGAGCUCCCGUUGCUCGGUCCCUGCUCCUGCCAACCUAGCAGUUCAAACGCACGUCAAAGUGCAAGUAGAUAAAUAGGUACCACUCUGGCGGGAAGCUAAACGGCGUUUCUGUGCGCUGCUCUGGUUUGCCAGAAGCGGCUUAGUCAUGCUGGCCACAUGACCCGGAAGCUGCAUGCUGGCUUCCUCGGCCAAUAAAGCGAGAUGAGUGCCACAACCCCAGAGUCAGUCACGACUGGACCUAAUGGUCAUGGGUCCCUUUACCUUUAGCUUAGUUUAGGGGUGCGAGGCAGGGACUUAAUGACGUUGCUUCUUUGGUGUUUUUGAGAACCAAGUUACCCACUGGCAGCCCAUUAGCCAAACUUUGCUCUCCCCCGGUUGUUGUCCCACACAGGCAAAAGGAUUUGGGGCUUGCCAGUAGUAGGCUUUCGUGCAAAUUUGGACUGGGGUGUUGAAACACACACUCCUUUUCGUUGUGGCCCUCUGGCAAAACUUAUCUGUUGAUCAGACACCUAAAAUAAUAGCUUCAUUUGGCUGCAUGGUAGCUCUUAAGCGCUGACAUCUUGGUACAUGAACCAACCCCAGAAACUGGUGUAUCUAGACCAGUUUGGAGGAGAGAGUUGAUGUUCUUUUUCUUUUGCACAAAAGCACACAUUCUACUCAUGUAAAAACACGCUAAUUCCCGGACUGUCUGUGGGCCGGAUUUAGAAGGCAGUUGGGCCAGAUCCAGCCCCCGGGCCUUAGUUUGCCUACCCAUGGGCCUAAAGUCACCCAGCGAGCUUCAUGGCAGAGAGGGGAUUCAAACCGUGGUUUCCCACGCCCUAGUCCAAUACUCUAACCAUUACGCCACACUGGAUCUCAGAUUGACUGACUGAAAAUGAACCUGGGCAUACUUGGGAUGGAACCUGGAACCUUUUGCAUGCAUAGCACUUGCUGUGUCACUGAACCACGAUGGGCAUUCCCCAGUCAACCAUAGAAUCGAUGGUGCUCUGAAUGUGGGCAAGAAAGACCCUCAUAACACAAUCUUUCCCCUUCUCCCCACAGGCAAGAUCAUCAUGCACGACCCCUUUGCCAUGCGGCCUUUCUUUGGCUACAACUUUGGCCAGUACCUCUCCCAUUGGCUCAGUAUGGCGCACCGGCCUGCUGCAAAACUUCCCAAGAUCUUCCAUGUCAACUGGUUCCGGAAAGACAAGCAAGGGCGGUUCCUGUGGCCUGGCUUCGGCGAGAACUGCCGUGUGCUGCAGUGGAUGUUCAACCGAAUUCGGGGAGAUGCGAGUGCGCAGCUGACAGCCAUCGGCUACGUCCCUGAUGACGUGGGCUUGAACUUGAAAGGCCUGGAAGGUGUCAACACACAGGAACUGUUUGCCCUUUCCAGAGACUUCUGGGAAAAGGAGGUGGAAGAAAUCAAGAAGUAUUUUGAAGAGCAAGUCAAUGCUGACCUCCCCUACGAGAUGGAAAGAGAAGUUAUUGCUCUGGAGCAGAGAAUAAAGCAGCUGUAACUGAUCAAAA